AUGCGCAGCUCGCUUUCAAGGAAGCCAGCGACAAAUAUACUCACCCAACCCCAGCCUAAUAGCAGCAGCAUCUUAUCGCUUGCGCGAAGGAACUUCACUUCGUCAGCUGCGCGGCAGGCAGCACCGGCUGCUCCAAAAGGCAGGAGCAGCAACACCACCGUCUUGUUCGCCCAACGUCGCUUUGCGUCGAAUAUCAACGGCAGCGGGCCUGUUACUGGUGGCAGCUUCCUCAGCGCCCCUCAUACAUCUCCCGGCCUCGGUGUACCUACCUCGCUCUCGCAGCCUGGCGGCUGGUCUCGUUUGCUGAUCAACGCUGGCAUCGUCGCCGGUGCCGCAUUUGCCGCUCAGCUCUUUUUCAACCGUCCCCAACGCGACCACCCGCUGUCCGACUAUGCGACGCACUACCUGCACCAGACGUUCCAAUGGCUCGCCGGCGGUCUUACGCUUACGGCGCUCUCGGCCAUUGCGCUGCAUCGCACCGGCUUCUCCAUCCGUCUGAUGACCACCAGCCCGUGGAUGGUCAUCGGCCUCGGACUCAUCACUUCGAUUGGAGGCAUGAUCGGCGCGCAAUCGCUGCCGACCGACUCUCCAGCCAAGUACCUUUGCUGGGGCCUUUUCAAUCUCUCCCAAGCUGCCGUGCUCAGCCCGCUGCUAUUUUUCUCGCCCGCGCUGCUGGCACGAGCGGGCCUCUACACCGCUGGCGUCGUCGGAAGCCUGUGCUACGUCGGCGCUACAGCCAAGGAUGACGCGUUCCUCUGGAUGGGCGGUCCGCUCCUUGCGGGCGUCACGGUUGUCGCACUCUCCAGCUUGUCCCCACUUAUCCUGCCUGCGCACUACCUGCGUACGCUCGCAGUCUCCGAGGCACUCAGCUUGUACGGCGGUCUGGCGGUGUUUGGCGGGUUUAUCCUCUUUGACUGCCAGAAGGUAUUGCAGCAUGCGCGUCUCGCUGAGCAGGGAGUCGUCCGACCGGACCCGCUCAGGGAAAGCAUCGGCCUCGAGCUUGAUUUCAUCAACAUCUUCGUCCGCAUGGUCCAGAUCCUUGGAAUGCAGCAAUCUCGUCGCAAGUGA